AUGCAGAUCGCAGUUCUUCUGCUCAUUGGGAUCCACUUCGUUCAUGCCGGAACACACUCUCUGAGAUAUUACUACACUGCUAUGUCUGGAGUCAGUGACUUCCCAGAGUUCACAGUGGUCGGUCUGAUUGAUGAAGGGCAGUUUAUAUACUUUGACAGCAAGACAAAGGAAGCUGUGCCGAAGACAGACUGGAUGAAACAGAAUGUGGGAGCAGAUUACUGGAACAGACAGACUCAGAUUUUCACUGGCGGCCAUCAGAGCUUCAAAGUCGACAUUCAGACCCUAAAGGGACGCUUCAACCACUCAACAGGUGUUCACACGUACCAGGUGAUGUACGGCUGUGAGCUGCAGGAUGAUGGCACCAAACGAGGAUAUGAGCAGCAUGGUUAUGAUGGAGGGGACUUCAUCAGCCUGGAUACGAACUCCUUCACCUGGACUGCUGCUAAUCCUCAAGCAAUGAUGACCAAGAACAAAUGGGAUUCCACUGGAGCAUACGCAAUGAAGCAGAAAGCAUAUCUGCAGAACACAUGCAUCGAGUGGCUGCAGAAGUAUGUGGGUUAUGGCAAGGACACUCUGGAGAAAAAAGUCUCUCCUCAGGUGUCUCUGCUGAAGAAGUCUUCCUCCUCUCAAGUCGUGUGUCAUACUACAGGAUUUUACCCCAAAGAAGUAACAAUCUCCUGGCAGAAAAAUGGACAAGAUCAUUAUGAGAAUGUGAAUCUUGGUGAACUUCUUCCUAAUGAGGACGGGACCUUUCAGAAGAUGAGCACCAUCACAGUUACAGCUGAUGAGAGGAAGAACAACAAGUACAGCUGUGUGGUGGAGCAUCAGGGCAAAACCAUGGAAGAGAUCCUGACAGAGGAUUCUCUUCCCAUCGGCAUCAUUGUUGGUGGUGUUGUUGCGGCUGUCCUUGUGUUGGUGGUCAUUGCUGUCGUUGUGUUUAAG